AUGGCUCACAUUGGACGGUCGUCCGAGGCGGUGGAGCGCUAUUUGCGCAACUUUAGCGACGGAGAGAUCAACCACCACGAGAUCCUGGAGAUCACGCUCUGCUAUGGACUGCAGUGCCUGUCAAAGACCUUUCCAGUCCGCGGCCGCAGCAUCACAUGCAGCGAAUUACGAACUAUCACAGGGUACAAAACCGCCACGAAGCAAGACUUUCACGUGUGCAAAGCCUCGCGCGCGAGUGAUCACCAGGAGAACGAGCAGCAGCAGCACAUGGCGGCAAAAGUGCGGGUCAAGCCGUCGCAUGCAUGGAGAGAUGGAGAAGUAGAUAUGGGCGACUUGCCAAAGCCACGUGCAGUGGUGACUGAGGCUGCUGCAAGUUCACGAGCCGAAUCAGGAGCGUUGAUCGCCCGUCCGCCGGCGUUCGACGAGAUUGACUACCUCACGAAACUGUUGGGGAAGCCGCUGGUGUGUCUGGCGUGGCAGACGUUUGCGGCGAGGAAGAGGUCGUUGAUUGCUGCGCCACAUGAGCUGGAGGAGCUCUUUUUUCGAGUCGAUCAGAGGAGGACAGUGACGUUGAUUCCGACGAUAAAGCUGCCAGUGGCAUCAUUCGCUGAGUUCAUGGCUGCGUAUGUGAUGGAGUGCAUGCGUCAAGCGCAAGGCACAUGGACUGCAGACACAGAGGACCCUCAUAGUGGUGACUUGUCUGUUUCUCAUGAUGAGCGAACGAGUUCUCGCGGUCGUCGAGAAUCAGCUCUGGGCUCGUGUCGCUCUUCAGGCACGGAUGGUCGGGGACGGAGUGCUAGUGCUUCGUCCGCUGCAGUUGGCGACACGAAAUCCGUCGAGUCAACGCAUGCCGAUACGAGGUGGAGACACCGUCUUCGACGACCUCAGACGCAAUCAAAGCAGACAGAACGUGCUCCGAUGUCCUUUCGGAAUGAACAGUCGAAGGUCCAGUCAGAGCUACACACUGAGCGGCAGACGCUGUUGCGAGCGAAAAAGACACGGUUGCGGGAAAUGGUAGAGACUGAACGAACAGCUGCGUACAAUACGCAGCACGAGCUGCAUGGCAUGCGAGAUGGGCGUCUUGCUCCGGACAGCAUGCCUGUCAAUGAUAUAACGACAGGUGCUGCUGCGUUGGAGAUUGUGGAUGAGUUCAUGAGGGGCCCUCUGAUGGACAAGUUUGGGUGA